GGUUCUGAGGAGAGUCGAGCAGCUUCACCACUGAGCUUUUAGGCGUUAGUUUACUCAGCUGGAUGAGCUGAACUCCUCAUCGUGGCGUUCAGGACCCUCCGCGAUCUGGUCCGCCCAUCAACGCAUAUUCCAGCAGGAGAUACUUUCUCACCCCAACAUGUUGGGAUCCUCUGAGCCACUGUACACGCUCUUCCUGCAGCCUGUAACGCCUUUCCCUAACCUGUUGCCUUGCCUGCCAGAAGAACCUGGAGUCUCUGGUGAUUCUGUUACGCUACAGUCUGCGCUACAGAGCCCGGUUCCGAAAAACCCUGAUGUGUGUCAGGGCUGCUUGGAUGAUGGCACACUGAGCAGCAUCCCUGGAGCCUGGGUCCCCAUGGCAUCCCAAGACAAAGAUGAGGAGUCCUCACGGCCCGGCGCCUCCCAGAUGGGGCCCUGGGAUGCCAUCCUGGAGGCCGUCAGGGAGCAGCUCCCAUCCCUGGACUCCGAUUCCUCCUUGUCGGACUGCGGGGCAGAGGAGCUGUUCAUCUUCCAGCGAGAUCACACUGCCCUGAUCCCAGACCUGUCGGAGGAGCUGGCCGAAGACCCUGCCAGGGCCUGGCUUGCUACGGUCCAUGGAUCUCCUGAGGGCCAGUGCGUAUGCUGUCAAAGACCAGCACAGCCAGACAUUCGUCAAAGCGGGGGAAGCACAUUUUAUUCUGUAGCUGCUGACAGCAGGGAAAGAGCGGAGCUCCCUCAGAGGACACCAUUUCGUCCCCAGCCAGGUGCGGUGCCUGUGGAAGCCGGCGCGGAACCCUGGAGAGAGUGGGGCUCAAGGACAGAGGCUUCUACCUCCCUACUUGACGGGGACCCUGGUGGAUCUGGAGAGAGCUGUGGUGAGACUAGUUCUCUUCUCAGGGUGCCCGAGGACACCCCCAAGUGGCAGGAAGGCAGCCACGGGGCUGUGUCCCUCAGCACCCAGGGGCCUCGCCAGGGUGCUCAGGGAGAAGCCACGCUCUCCCCCUGGGAAGGCGACCUGAAGACAGAGCCCCAGAGCGCCGCCUCACAAGCCUGUCGGGGCACAGACUAUGCAAACCGCAGGGCCCUCCGAAAGGAGAGAAGGAAGAUAAUUGAGAAGGACAUACUCCAUAAAGUCACCUGGGCCGCCCAGGACCCAGCCUGCGGUGACCUAAGCCAAGUGGAGCAGGCACCCCGUGCGGCAGCGGCAGCUCUGAGACCCGAGACGCCAGCAGAGGGGCCCCAGGAAGGCCGGCUGGUGCUCUCCCUCCAGCAACUUGAAGAGUGGGAUUUGGAUCACCUCCUUCAAAGUCUGGCAGGGCAAGAAGAGGACAGGGGAGAUCGCGCACCUGGAGCCACGUGGUGGGCAGCUGACCGCCUGGGCCGAGACCGCACCCUGCUGAACACCCCGGACAGGCUCAUGGAACGGCUCACCCUCCUGUGUGCUACACAGUCCAGAGCCUCUUCUGCCUGGAAGGCACCUGCUGACACACCCCAGGACACCAAGCAGGAGAAGACCAGCAGCAGAACUACUCCGAUGGGGCCGGGCCUCCAGGCCAAGCUGGGGCUGACACUGGCCGAGGGCCUGCAGCUAAGGGGCCCAACAGAGCCUCCUACCGUCUUCAUCGAUCUGCGGCCCACAGAGCCAUCAGACCUCCGGUCUUCAGAAAGCUCCAGCUCCAGCUCCUCUGACAGCGAGGAGGAGGAAGAGACAGUGGCUCUGGGAGACCAGCAAGGACCAGCAGAGCAGGAGCGCCAUUCCUCCCGGGGGCUACGGGACUGUACUGGGAAGAGUCAGCUUCUCCAGCAGCUCAGGGCAUUUCGGAAGGGGACAGCUCAGCCCAAUCUGCUGGCCACCGAGGGGCCUGGUGGCCAGAAGUCUCAGGUCCUUGAAGAUAUAGCCAGCUCCGGAACUGGAAGGAAGCAGCAUCCCCCGGCUGAGAAGCAGAUCACCCAGACCAGACCCCCAGACACAAGCCCCAAGGCACUGGGGGACCCUCUUGGGCCAGGGACAGUCAGGGAGGCCUGGGUGCUGCCACUGGGCCAGCUGUAGCUGCCUCCAGGACUGGGUCUGAGAAGGAGCCUGGCGGGAUGAUUUGACUGUCCAUUGACAUGCCCAGGCCCUGGUGGCCCCCUGGCUCUCCCGUGUUUCCAUGAGAAUGUGCUUAUGUAGCCCAGGGACCCUCAGACUGAGGGUCCAUCACCCAGACCUCUGUUAAAAUGUGGUGGCCAUAGAGCAAAAAUGCUAAAACAAAUGUGUACACAGAG